AUGCGAAUCAGCGAUGUGCUACUUUGGCUCUUGGCUAACCAACUAUACGCGAACUUCCCCGCCGGCUACCCGAGUCAGGCAAGAGGAAUCACGAAUCUUUCCCAUGGCGGCGAGUUGGCGUUUGUCUGGAGUUGGCUCGGCGGGGCAAGAGCUGCUUCGCCUACACGUACUACUGCGUACGCCGUAACUUGUAAGUGGCCCCGAGGUUUAGCCCAGAUUUUCGCCCAGUUGGCCCAGUUGGCCCAGUUGGCCCAGGUUGGGGAUGGUCACGGGCUGCAGGUGGGGCCAAUCAAGGCCAAUCAAGGCCAGGCAGGGGCCAGGCAGGGUGCUGCAAUUUGGAGCAAAAUCCUCCUCCUCCCCAGUGGUGGCUAGUAGGAGACCAGCUAGGAGGAAAGAUGUACCCAGUACCUGCACAUGAAGUAACCACCGCCUUUCUUUUCUCGGGUUCCAAUUGUCGUGUUUCUUCACAUGACAUACAUGUCUUGUCUGGCAGGGAGUCAGGGGAGAAAAUACAGAAAUAGAGAAGU